AUGACAACUACCGUCCCGUUGGAGAGGCCACUCUCAAAAGGCCAAAAAAAGCGACUCAAGUCGCAGCGACGAAAGGAAAGACUGACUCGUCUGAUCGACAGCCCCUCAGAUCUCAGCGUCGUCCAAAUCAACGUCAAGGAGGCGGGAGAAAGAGUCCAGUCUCUCAAAAAUUGGAUUCACAAUUGCGAGCACAGGGCUGACAUCAUCUGUCUUCAAGAUAUCCCAGCCAACAUCAGAGCCACCCAGUUUCCUGAUCACAUUCUUGCGUUUGGUCCUAAUAACCCUGAACUUCUCCCUCCAAAGGACGAGGAACAAGCGAGGACCAAGAAAAGAAAGUUGAUCCACAUCACUAGCCAGUAUCUUGAAAAGGAGAAGUUACACGCGGUUGCUUACCUGAUACACAAGUCCAUCCCAAUUGCAGAUUGGGAUGUCGAGUUCCAUGACGAUGUGAAUAUUGGUUUGGCCGCCACACUGCUAUUGCGGAUCAGUGAUGAUCAAACCAUUGCGAUCCACAAUGUCUACAAUCAGCGGAAGCUGGUCAAGAUCCCCGAUCUCCUCCAGAGGGUCACUGCAACUGGUCAAGACUUUCUUGUGGGCGAUUUCAAUCUUCACCAUCCGUCAUGGUGUGGCAAAGAAGUAAUCACGAUCGAGCCCGAAGCCAUCCAGCUUGCCGACGGCCUUAAAGAGGCCGGCAUGAGCCUCUUGACUACCCGUGGUCUUCCCACUUACGCCCGAGGAAGUUUCAAGACUGGCAAGUACACCAGUACAAUUGACCUUACCUACGCCAGCUUGUCUCUUCUCCCGUUUGUUCGCGAAUGGCAGUCGCCACACGUACCAGGCUUCGGUUCUGACCACCGUGUCAUUAUGACAACAUUCAACCUCGAGGUCAACCGAGUUCCCAGUACCUACUACAUGUGGAAGCGCGCGAACCCCGACAAGUUUCGUGCGUGUGUUGGCGAGUCACUGAAACCCAUUGGGUUUCCGGCGCUUACAAGCACCGCCAUGAUCGACAACUACGCCCGUAAGGUCGUCCGGGCAUUCGGUCCAGCCAUUGAGACGCUAGUACCUCUAGCCUCGCCGCCAGGGUCGAAGCGUCCCAAGUCCAGGCCAAACCUUGUCACUCAGCGAGCCCAGAAUCUUGUGAGACUGGCCGAGGAGAGAGAACACAACUCUGGCGUUACCUCAGCGAGUCAGCAGCAUUACAAGGUGAAACGCUUUGCGCAAAAUGUCAUUCGCAAAGAGCGCUCGGCCUCGUUUCACCGCAUGCUCGCUCGCGACAUUGCGAAACGCAGAAGACUCUACUUUUGGGCCAGGAGGGGCGCUAGCUGGAACAAGAAGGCCCUCAUGCCCAUCCGGCAGCUCACAGCCGACAAGGUUACUCACCGUACACCUGAUGGCAUGGCUCGCUGCUUCCGGCAGGCCAUGUGGCCAGAUGGGACUAGUGACGAACAGCAGGUCCCUCCCAACCGGCCACCCGACGACUCUGAGAGGGUUCCGUUAGCUGUUUCCCACGACUUGGAAAAGUCCGAGGUCAAGAGUCUGAUCGCUGGCGCGCCUAGUGGGAAGGCAGCAGGGCCAGACCUGCUAGCCUAUGAGGGCAUGAAGAUGGCCCAAGAGGAGCUUUUGCCCUACCUUCACCACCUUUUUGCAGCCUGUCUCAAGCUCGGUCAUCAUCCCGCUGCCUUCAAGCAGGCUUGCACAGUCAUGCUGCGAAAGGCGGGCAAGGAUGACUACGAGCAGCCCAAGAGCUGGCGACCGGUCGCCCUGCUUCCUUGUAUGGGAAAGCUGCUCGAGAAGAUCUUCACUUAUCGACUCAAACAGCUUGCUGUCCAGCACAACCUCCUCCCCGACGUUCAGUUUGGCACUCCCGGCAAGUGCACCACCAAGGCACUCCAGUAUCUGCUCAACAGCGUCUACCAUGCCUGGACCGGCAAGUUUCGGCGACUGGCUACUCUCAUGGGACUUGACAUCACGGGCGCGUACGAUAGAGUCGAGCGGAGCAAGCUCAUGAAGAUUCUUCAGGACGCUGGCCUACCCGAAUGGAUGCUCAGCUUCAUCUGGUCUUUUCUUACUGAUCGCAGCACCGACAUGAGGAUCCCGGGCUUCACCUCAUCCAGCUUCUGGGUCAACAUGGGGAUUCCUCAGGGCAGCCCUUUGUCUCCUAUACUCUUCCUUUUCUUCUCCAUGCCCAUCGUUGGUGCCGCCUCCGAAUACACAAACUCCAGGGUAAAGAUCUAUCCCUUUGCCUACGUCGACGAUACCUACCUACUUGCCGUGUCCAACGACUACGGCGACAACUGUAAGGCGCUCAAGGAAUGCCACGACAGGAUCAUGGAAUGGGCGGACUCCGUCGGCGUUUCUUUCUCGCCUCACAAAUACCACGUCAUGCACUUCUCUCUACCUCACGCCUCAGCUGAGACCUCGAAGGUCAUGCCGAAAAUCCCUGGACUCGAGGGCAAGGAGCCCGAGACCUCUAUGAGAAUUCUGGGCGUUGAGGUUGACUUCAAGCUCAAUUGGCAAAGGCACGUUCAAGAGCUAACUGCCAAGGCCAACACCAAGAUGAACAACAUCGCACGAAUCUGCAAUACCACUGCAGGCCCUGACAUGAUAUCCUUGAGGCAGCUCUACAUCACCACCGUUCGACCGAUUCUAUCACACGGCUGCGGCGCUUGGUUCAUAUACGGGGAUAAGGACACCGUCACGUACCAGAUACCGAAAAAAGUCUUACAGUCUCUGGUCAGCAUUCAGAACCAAUGCCUGAGGAUAGUCACCGGGGCAUUGGAUCGUACUACCGGGCGAGCGGUCGACAAGGAGGUAUAUGUUGAAGACAUCCUUGUCUAUCUGGAAAGGGUUGCGACCUUGCAGAGGGCACGCGCUCUAGACACUCCAGACCACGAAAGGCUUCGCAGAAUCCGACGGCAGGGCAGGACGCCAGCUCAAUUCGAACUUCAUCCGUACCAUGCGCUGGACUACCCAGCAAGAUCCCUUUUAGAGAGAGCUAACGAGUCGUGUAGGGACAGGAAAGCUAGCAACAUGUCACUUAAUGUUGUGAGGAAGGCAAUGACGAAGAUUGCCAAGCAGGACGCGGAAGAUCUGUCGCAAAGGAUGUGGAGCCGACACCUUGAAGAUUCCCAUCGUGAAGAUUUCGAUGAGGAGUCUCCGCGAUUUCGCAGCGCAGCCCUGCUGGACAAGGCUGGAUGGGGACCUCACAACCUCAAGCGCUACUGCGGCCUAUCUCGAGCACAAAGCACUAUGCUGAUACAGUGCCGAACCGGUUUCAUCGCCUUGAAGCCUUUCUUGUGCAGAAUUAAAGCCUCCGACACGGCGCUUUGCGAUUGCGGAGCAGACCGCCAGACCGUCUUCCACAUGUUCAUCCAGUGCAAGAUGCUAGCGACGGCCCGAGUAGACCUCUACACUGCACUCGGCCACAGAGACUUCUACAGGAUGCUGUCCGAGAAGCCUGAGAUCGCUGCCGACUGGGCGAUGACGUAUUUCGGCAUCCCCCAGUUCGAGUACCCCAGUCUCGACUCCCGAUUCAAUUCGGUUGAGUCAUCUGCCUCUGCCUCCCGGCCACUCAACGUACUUGAUGAACUCAAGGCGUGGCUUUACGGGGGAGCGACAUGA